CUGAUGCUCAUGAUGACAUCAAGGGAAUUCCUUAGAGAACAUGUUAUUGAAGGAUGCUUGGGGCGGGAAAAAAAUCUCUUGAUCGUUUGAAUCAUAAAAAUAAUACAAUACCUCAAGUCUGUGUCUUUCUGUUCACCAAAGACAGAUCGGUAGAUAUCAGCAAUCAAUCAAACCCGUUCUAGUUUUUCUAUUGAAGACGCUGCCGGGUUUAAAGAAUUAAACUGUGGAAGAAAGCAUUGAAUUUCAGAAACUUAUUUGAUACGAAUUUUAAAAACAAUGAGACUCGUAUUAUCAGGUGCCGUUUUGGCGCUUUGGAUGGCAGAAACAUCAAACACGGCCGAAGCCUUUACACUGCAGAGAUUCAGGCACUCUGGCUUGUCCAUCACGACAAUGCCCCCCUCUUCACUCCAUAUGAGCACUAUCGAACGACCGAUGACCGCGCCCGGCUCACCAAAUUCGUCGUAUUCGGGUCAUCCAUUCGGUUCGUACGGAAAACCGGAAAACAAUGAUGAGACCAACUAUUCCUACGGGCCUCCCGGAAAAGUCGACAAGGAAAUCGCCGCCAACAAUAGUCACAUUCAUGACAAUAGUUAUGCAAGGGAUAAGACUGCUAAUUCCUUUGAGGCAUACAUGCAAGGACGCAACAACAAGAGCAAUCCUUCAUCUCCUUCCGAUGGUUAUGCCCCCAGACAAUCGUCUAAUAAUAAUUUUGGCGCGCCAUCCACAUCAACGCCGACUGCUAAUAACAACAACAACAACUUUGGAGCUCCGCCGUCUACGCCAACAUCACCGGCCUCGAACAACUCGUUUGCUAAUUAUGCAGCUUCAGGAGGAUCCAACGGGAGCCACAGCACCCUAAACAACAACACCAACAACAACUUUGGAACGCCACCGUCCACACCAACCCAGGGAAGCAGCAGCGCCAACUUUGGAGCGCCUUCCUCUACCAGCAACUUUGGCGCGCCUUCGACACCACCACCGGCUGUUCCAAAUGCCAACAGCUACUCUCCUCCCCAAUCCACAAGCAACAACAAUUUUGGAGCGCCAUCCACGACGAACAACAAUUUUGGAGCUCCAACCACGACGAACAACAAUUUCGGUGCACCAUCCACGACGAAUUCUUCGGGAACCAGCUUUCCGCCCGGAGGAAAUCCCUCCUCGCCGCCACCAUCAGCUCCCCAAUCCAAUUCGUUUGAAUCAUACAUGAAUAAUCGAAACAGCAAUAAUGACAACAGCAACUCGUCUCCUUCCUUUCCAGGAUCGCCUGCUUCUCCUGGCAGUACCGGCGGCAACCUAAGUUCUAGUAUCGCCGCUGCAGCAGACCCAAGCGCACCGCUUCCCCCMUACAUGUCUCCAUCAUCGCUAGAGAACGGGAGCGUUCGGUCCGCAAACCUUCCGGGCUCCGCAAAUGCGUCCAACGGUCGCCCCGAUUUUCAACCGCCUAUGCCCGGAAUGGGGACCCAACCGCAAAGAUCGACGUCUGCUUCAACAACCACAACAUCUACGACGACGUCUUUUCAGCAGCAAGGUCCUAAUAUUGCCCCACCUCUUUCAGCUCCAUUGGCACGGGUCGGAACACCUAACCAAAAGUUGGACAUUGGACUUCCCUCGGAAGAAUUGGUUGGCCGUCUCGAUCAGGUCUUAACCCAGCAACAGGAAUUUUCUGAGCGUUUGGAUAGAGUGGAUGAAAGAAUCGACAGAACCACCCAAGAAAACAUCGACCGAACUCAGGCAAUGCUGAAUUCGUUCAAGGAGGAAAACAAGAAGACACAAGAAACCUUCAUGAACCGUAUCAAUGGAGAUAUCCGUGGCAUGAGAUCGACCAUGGAUAGGGUCCUUGAUGAGCAGCGAGGCCUCCAACAAAAACAACAAGAUCAAACGAACAAGUUUGCCAGUUUGGAGCAGGCUCGCUCCGAGCAAGCAGAGAAACUCCUCUCGUUAGAAAAAACAACUUCCAUUCGAGCUCAAAACAUGGAAGAAAAUUUGGUUCAAGCGGGUGAAGCCCAAGCGCAGCGCAUAGAUGCCCUGGAGCGACAUGCGGCUUCGGGAGGCAACAAUGGUCCUGCCGGAAGCCCCGGUGUAAACAACUUUGAGCUAGAGCGCAGACAGAACGAACGAAUGUCAAACUUUGAGCGAUCUCAGAUUGAACGAAUGGCAGCCUUUGAAGACGAGCAAAGCCAAAAACUCGAGAACGCCUUGCGAGACUACCAACAAUCAUCUGGAGCUAGAAACAAUGGCACCGGCUCGAUGGAUACCAGCAGUCCUGAUUACAUGAACCAGCAGAACAAUCCGCAACGUCCAAUGGACGAAACCGAACGCCAGCUUCAACAACGCUUGAAUGAAGCGCAAGCACGCAAGGAAGAAUUGUUGGAACAAUUGCGCGAUAUGCAGCGACAGGAAGAGUUGCACAUGAAGGGUGGCCGUGGUAGCCACGAAGAUCCUCAUUCGCCUCAAAGAGGAAGAGAUGGAGCUCCACCUCCUCCCCCCUUUGCUUCACCGCUAGACCAACAGAUGCAUGAGUACCGACAACAGCAAGAUCGACAAGGUUCACCAAAAUCGCGAUUCAAUGAAGGUUCUCGGAACGAAUUUGAUGGCAUGAGACAGCCUAGAUUCGAUGAGGUGGACGAGAAGCAAGAAGUUGAAGAUGAAGCUCCACGACGAAGCAUGCUUCGUGAUCGAUUGGGCAAAGCCAGUGAAGAAGAACUCUACAGCCGAAAUGUGGGUGCAGGUCCGCGCCGAAACUUGAACGACGAAAACUUUGACGACGAAGAAACCGACCGAAACAUGAGAAUGGAUCCCGAAGAGGAACGUCGAAUGCAACACGAGCGAAUGAUGAGGCGCGAUCCUGUAGCGCCACCUGAGGCCAUGGGACCUCCACCCCGUAGACCUGGAAGCCCUGCUGGAAGAUACGAUCCCCGUCGUGGAGGACCCUUUGGAAGCGAGCAAGAUGAGUUGGCGUAUGACAUCUCGAAUGACUCGUCUGUGCGGAAGGGUUUGAGCAAUAUGCGAUCCUUUAAGGGCGAUGAGCAACUGCCAAACAACAGUAUCUUCGAAGGAGGCGGAGGAGGUAUGGGUGGAGCCGUGGACCGACGCGGAUCGCCCCAGGCGCAGCAGCGAGAAAGGCGUCGGGUCCCUGCCAAUCAGGGACAAAUGGGCCAACAGCAACAACAACAACGAAGAGCAGKAGGCGCGAAUGAACGCCGAGCUGGUCUUUCGGAACCACCUCCUCCAAACCCAAUGGUCGACAAAAAGAUUGAGCACUUUCUCAAGGAGACUUUGAAGGCUGGACCCCAACCGCACUUUGAUAAGGAACUGGAAAGCUUGUUGAUUGUCAAGUAUUCUCCCCUUUUCUCGUGGCUCAAACCGGCGAACGUGGCCUUUUUGAGAAACGUCGUGGUCACCUAUUUGCAACACAAGGGAUGCCAGGUGGAAAUGGACCUUCGAAGCGCCCCACCUAAGGCUGCUCGGGAAUGGGACGAACUUCUCAACAUUCUUUCUUUCGAAUUGGAACAACGGACGGGGGAGAAACCCAGAAUCAUGGAAGAGCCAGACAACCAAUGGGGCAUCUACGGUAGCAAAAAUGUUCGCCUCAAGAUCAGCAGCAACGGCCUGCAACAACAACGGGAGCAACAACGUCGUCGUGGCGGCGGUCUCUCCCCGGAGCAAGCGGCACAGCGAAAGAGGCGCAACGACAAGGCGUUCAGAGUUUCACAAGAUCCCACGGAUCCCAACACCAGAUUGCUGUAAACCGGCAUCACCCGGCAGUAUCUCGCUCUCUCGUUCGUCAUCGUGACCAUCGCACCAAUUAGGACACACACAUACACACAAAACAAUUAGAGACAAGCGCGAACUAGAUCUACUGUAAAAAAACAUCAAUGCAGCUGCUGUCUCCAACGCACAAUUUUCACUCUCUUCCCCAAAAAUCCCAUGGAAGAAGUUGUUAUCAUACCAUCAUCAUACACUACACGCCCAUACAAUAAAUUAUAAAAUCAUUG